GUAAAUUGUUUCUUGCGUAGGGAUAGGGAUUUAAGGUAUACGCGUGUGUAUCAUCGGCCAAUAAACUGCACGAAAGAGAGGAGAUGAGGUUUCAGGAUAAUGCUGUCCUUGUAUUUCCACCGGGCGUAGGGUACAGAUCGGGCUAUUUUAUAACAGGUCCAUCCGUACUGUGGCAGCUCGAUAUUGGGUGCCAAGGAGGAAAUGCGACCGCCCGAUGCGUCGCUGAUAGGUUGGUCUCGCUCCGCCCGACGGUGGCCCGACCGAUGGAUUUAAACAUUAUAUUUUGUGUACAACAUCAGCUCAGUCGUUCUCGGAAUUUGUUGUGCGAAGCCACGCCGCACAUCGAACAUAGCAGCAUAGCCAACAUAGCAGCAGUAGUAACAUCGCCGGAAUCGACGCAGUAACCGUUUUGCUGUGCGCGGACCUAACACUGCAAUCAGCAAAGACAAAAGCUACACCUGCUUACGCAUCCUAUACCUAGUGAAAUAUGGUCCUUUGGCAGUGCUACAAGCGAUCCUGCCGGCUCUUUACACACUCGUAGUGAACACAGUGGUGUAGUGGUGGUAGUGCCCUCUCAACAACAACAACAAAAAAGGAAGAAGAAAUAGUAAGCGCAAUCGCAAAACAGAAUCCUUCAACCAACCCAUCACACACGCACGCCCCAAAACCCCGUGAAAUACUCGCCGAAAGAUUGCAACGAAGCAAUCAAUCGAAGCGGUGCGAAAGAGAUAGCUACGAGCGCUACGAGUAGUUCAGGGGGGGCCUUUGGGGCCCGUCGCCGUCCAUCAACCAAGCGUACAACAACAACAACAACAAAACACACACAGGAGAGAAAGAGAACGAGCGCCGGAAGCCGAACAAUCAACUAAACACUCCUGGGGAACCCUCCCGCGCGCGCGCCGCGCACACUCCCCGCUUUGCUGACUGUGUGUGUCGACGCACUGUUCAUCGGUCCCGUUACGGGUGGACCGGCAAUUCGCUUCGUUUCACAUCGACUAGUGACCUGUGUACGUGUGUUUGUGCAUGCGUGUAUGUGUGUUUUGUAGUUCCGUGUGUGUGUGUUUGUGUUUCUUGUACAUGUACGGUGUAGGCGCGUGCGUGUGCCUUUACCGCAGCAGUGAGUUGAGCGCGUGUGUGUGAGGUCCAGCAGUCAGCUGGACCACAUUCUCAGAACAAAAGAUAGAGCACCAGCGAAAAAAAAAGAAAAGGGAGCGAAAGAGAGAGCUAGUGAGGGAGAAAAGAAAGGAGUGCGGAGUGAGAGAGUGUAAGAGACGGGCAGCAUCAGCAGUAGCAGUCGGUAAAGAGGCUGUGGUUCGUUGGGCUGUUGGUUCAACUAUCUGAAUCUUCUUCCGCUACAGAAUUUAAUCCAUCACAGACACGAUGAGUGAGGAGUUCAUCGUUGACCAUGAGCGGGCCGCAAUGGCGACAGAAAUGUUUCUACAUUUCUGUGCCGCAACCACAAUGAAACAGAUCCGGGGCCUAUACUGGAACAUGCUGGACACGAUCGGUCUCCGGCCGGGUCCGUUGAACGAGUUCUACCCGAAGCUGAAGGCGACGAUACGGGACUGGCGUGCGCAGGCACUGUUCAAGAAGUUCGAUGCCCGGGCCGCCCAGAACGUGUACAGCAAGGGCAAGGCGGCCAGUAACACACGUGUGCUGAUCGUCGGUGCAGGCCCGUGCGGUUUGCGUACGGCGAUUGACGCUCAGCUUCUCGGUGCCAAAGUGGUUGUGGUGGAAAAGCGUGACAGAAUAAGCCGCAACAAUGUGCUGCAUCUGUGGCCGUUCAUCAUACACGAUCUGAAAGCGCUCGGUGCGAAAAAGUUUUACGGCAAAUUUUGUGCCGGCUCGAUCGAUCACAUCUCGAUACGGCAGCUGCAGUGUAUACUGCUAAAGGUCGCACUGCUGCUCGGUGUCGAAAUGCACGAAGGUGUAUCGUUCGUGAAGGAGAUCGAACCGGGCGAUGGGUACGGUUGGCGCGCAUCCGUCUCACCGGAGGAUCAUGCCGUGUCGCACUACGAGUUCGAUGUGCUGAUCGGUGCCGACGGGAAGCGCAACACGCUCGAGGGUUUCCAGCGCAAAGAGUUUCGCGGCAAGCUGGCGAUCGCAAUCACGGCCAACUUCAUCAACAAGCGCACGGAGGCGGAAGCGAUGGUGGAGGAAAUAAGCGGUGUAGCGUUCAUCUUCGAUCAGCCGUUCUUCAAAGCGCUGUACGAAAAAACGGGAUGCGAUUUGGAAAACAUCGUCUACUAUAAGGACGAUACGCAUUACUUUGUGAUGACGGCUAAAAAGCACAGCCUGCUGCACCGGGGUGUCAUUAUAAAGGAUCUCAGCGAUCCGGCCGAGCUGCUCGCACCGUCCAACGUGGACAAACCGAAGCUGUACGAGUAUGCGCGUGAUGCGGCCAACUUUGCCACCAAGUAUCAGAUGCCAAACCUCGAGUUUGCCGUCAACCAUUACGGUACGCCGGAUGUGGCGGUGUUUGACUUUACCUCCAUCUUUGCCGCCCACAACUCGUGCAAGGUGACGGUGCGCAAAAACUAUCGGCUACUGUCCUGUCUCGUAGGGGACAGUUUGCUCGAACCGUUCUGGCCGACCGGAUCGGGAUGUGCACGUGGGUUCCUUUCCAGCAUGGAUGCGGCUUACGCGAUCAAGCUGUUUGCGAACCAGAAAAACAGUCUGCUGGCGACGAUCGCCCAGCGUGAAUCGGUGUACCGCCUGCUCGGACAAACGACGCCCGAAAAUCUGAACCGCACGUUCGGUACGUACACGCUGGAUCCGUCGACGCGCUACCAAAACCUCAACAAGUCAUCGGUACAGAUUGCCCAGGUGAAGCAUCUGCUCGACACGGACGAUCUAACGCUGCUGGAGCAGACGUUCUUCGAUAGCAACGCUAUCGCAUCCAGCGUGACGCCCGCAACCGAACUGCCAGUCAAGCGCAAGCGACGCACGGUGGACGUUGUACCGCUCGGUGCGACGCUGUUGCGUUGGCUCAAGUCACAGCUGAAGGACAGCGGGUUUGUGCAGGAGCUGAACGAACCGGCCGAAUGUUUCACUAACGGAAAGGUGCUAUGUACGCUCAUCCAUCGCUACCGGCCUGAUUUGGUUAAUUUGGAGGAGUUGACCGACUUCAGUGCCGAUGUGUGCAAUGAACAUGCGUUUAAUAUUUUCGAAAAUCAGUUGGGCAUACCACGCGUAAUGUCUGGUCAGGAAUCAGUCACAUUGGCGGGCGUCGAUGCAAAGGUGUGGCUAAACUAUCUCGAACAGAUAUGUGACGUGUUCCGUGGCGAGAUACCGCACGUCAAGCACAUCAAGCUGGAUUACGCCGAGUUUAAGCAGAAGCAGGAAUCCAAUGCCGAUGCGUGGGCAAAGCUGGGACGGAUGGCAGCGGUACAGCGCAUGGCAGCGAUCGCUAGCGGCGUACGUCCACCGGCUGGUGAUCACGGUCCGAAAGAUACCGUCCCGGUUGCAACCUCGUCCGCAGCGUUCGGUACGCGUGGCAAUGCGAAAAAUUACUACCAUCCGAAUGCCGAGGAGGAACGCUACAAGCGUGGCCAUGUCGCGUCGCCACAGAACGAUACGAUGCGGCGUAUGCGCAAACGUCGCAGCAACGAGAAGUCCGGCAAUAUCGAGGAGCGGACACGCCGGCUGCAGGAGAUAGAGGCGAAUCGGCUCGAUCGCCAGUCGAAGCGCCGGGAGCAGCGUGCCCAGCAAACGCACAACUUCUAUAAGAGUAUCCACAUGCUGCAGGCUAACACGUUCCUACGCGAAAGCGAUAAUGCCGGUGCGUUCGAAGAUUAUUCGCUCUACAUGUAUCGUCAGUCGGCGCCAGAAUUUAACGAUCGUGUACGGGAGCUCGAGCUGAAGCUGCGCUAUCCCGAUCGUGAUCGGGGUCUAGCAGCAGCAUAUCCGCGUGGUUUAACCGAUGGCGAUCAGUUCAGUGACCGGGUCCGGUCGAUGGAGCAACGGAUCGACGGCAAAGCGUUGCCGGUGGUGGAAAAGAAACCGAAAGAUUUGCUGCGCGCUAUCGGCAAGAUCGAUAGCAGCGACUGGAACGUGAAAGAAAUUGAGCGCAAGAUCGAACAGUCAAAGAAGACGACCGACAUAGGGAAAAGCCGCGAACGGGUACCGAACUGGAACCGGGAACAAUUUCUCGCUCGGCAGAAUCGGCUGAUGCAGCCGCAGGACGACGAAAAGUAUAAGGAGAUCGACAGUUCGCUGAAGGCAAUCGACAAACAGUUGAAGGAGGGCCACAAUCUCGAUCUAGGUGAGCGGGGCAAAAAUAAGGUCGCACUCAUUGCUGGACAGCUGCAAACAUCGAAACAGGCGAAACAGCAGAAGCAGCAAGAGCAACAAUCGGCACAGCAGGCUCAAAAAUCGAACCAAAAGGCACUGGUCCUGACUGCAAGUGGUGUAGCGGAAAAGUGUCAUUUCUGCAAGCAGCGUGUCUACUUGAUGGAGAAAAUAUCGGCAGAAGGCUUAACGCUGCACCGUUCCUGUCUGAAGUGUCAUCACUGCCACACGAUUUUGCGCCUGGGCUCGUACGCGUUUGAUCGGGACGAUCCCGAGGGCCGGUUCUACUGUACGCAGCAUUUCAAGCUGCCGGCGAAAACGCUCAAACCAGCAUCGCGCAAAUCGCAGGCCAAGUCACGCGUUUCGGGCCCUAUCAUUGGGCGCGUAUACGAUGCGAGCGAUGCGGGUGUACGGGUCGGUACAAUCGGUACGAUUGCCGCCACUCCCGAGCAAGGUUCGUCGACGGUGGACUAUCUCGCCCGGAACCGAACGCCCGACAACGAUGAUUCGGACGGUGAACCGAACAUGGAGGUGAUCGAUGAGAAUGAGUGGACCGACCGUAACUUUGGUACCGAGUCGGAACUCUCCGAGGCGGAACUGUCCAGCUCGGAUGAAUCGGACACGGACAGUGAGUCGGAUUAUGAAGAGACGGCCGGUUCGCCUCUCGGUGCACAAACGCUGCAGCUUGCAUCGGAGUGGAUCAGCGACAAACGGUUCUCAAACAUGGUCGAUAGCGAUGCCGAUUUCUACAGCUACUCAAGCGAAGAUGAUGAUGCUGAUUCACAAACGGAGGGCGAAGAGUUGGCACGUGCGCGUGAGAUGCGCCGACAGGAGGUGAAACUGAUGCCACCGCCGACACUGCCAACCGACACCGAAACCGAGGUCGCCACCGUACAGAAAGUAAGCGAGAGUAAUAUCAGUGAACCGUCAGGCGUGGUUGUGGCAUCUGCUUCCACGGCGCACCGUGCGCCGGAAGAGACUGCCGAGGAUCGUGCCAUUAAGGAGCGCAUGCUGAAGAAGCUGAGCGUGCGUGAACAGUGGCUGCACGCGCAAAGUUCCUCUCCCGACCAUGGCGAAUCGAAAUUAGCCGCAACGGAGUCAGCAACAACCGGUGGUGGUGGUGAUGCGGGCAAAGUCAAAAGUACCUCCUUCUUCGGUGGGCUCAUGAACAGCUUAUCUACACUCAUCAAACCGAAAUCACAGAACUCACCACCAGCAAGCACACCAUCCCCACCUCCACAAAAAGUGUCUUCGCUUGUAUCACGUUCGUCAUCACUUUCAUUGCCUGUAUCAAUUCAAUCGACACCGGAAUGUACUGUACAGGCCGGAUCUACACCAUCCACCACUACAAACACCGGUACAGGUCACUAUCACGAUGCUAUUCCACCGUCUCCAAAACCAUCGCUAAAGGCUGAGAAGAUCAUACCAACGACUCCAGGCACAACGGGUAAGAAUCCAAAAACCAUACCACCAUCACCGACGCCAUCGCUCAAAAAACAUCGCAAACAUACGAAAGCCGAUGCCUCGCCCUCACGCAACAGUGAGCGUGAGUUUGAACGGCUGGUACAGGACUCUACCAGUCAGCUAUCUUCCUCACCGCACAGCCAACGGUCCGGUUCCGUUCUCAGCACCGCGAGCCGUUCGAGUCGGCACCGUGCAACACCGACCAAGGACACUCGUGACGAUGCCGAUGAGUUCCUGCGCCAGAUAAAGCAAGAACAGCUAGAGGCGGAAAAACGCUCCAAAAAGCAAGAGGCGAAAAAGUUCAAAAGUAACAUGCAAUCGAUUCGGUCCGCGGUCGACGGUGGACCCAAGGUGGUUGGCGUUAAAAGCGAAGCGGAUGUGGCGAAGUUUUUCGCCGAAAAUCAAAAAGCGCAGGCAACGAAAAAGCCCAAACAACUGCCGAACAAGGACGUAACGGCACUGCAAGCGAACAGUUUGGCACGCUAUUUCCCGGGCAGCUCGGGUGCGAAGACUAGCACCACCGGUACACCCUCGUCCGUAUCGAGUGUGGAAGGUUCACCCGCACUCGGUCGCAAAAAACCGAGCGAAGUCGACCUCCUGAAGUACUUUGGACCAGCCGGUGGUAACGGCAAGUCAAAUGCAUCUUCAACACCACCUUCGUCGGUAGUGUCACCGGUAAUUUCACGCAAAAGCAGCAUCGAAUCACCUUCCCCGAUACGCAAAACGAGUACCACCGCCACCCUGGUACCUAAACCGCCCGUUGUACCGUUGCCACCCAAGAAAAACAUUCUCGCUUUUCAGCCGAUUAGAAAAUCCAAAACCGAAGUCACGAUACAGGCGGCAGAGCCGAAAAAAAAUGUUCUCGCCUUGCAACCGAAGGCACCGCAACCGAAAGCAACGCCGAAACCUUCUGGAUCACCAAAACUGGAAACAAAGAAAAAGGUUAGCGCUUUAUCCACAAGUCCCAAGAAGUCGUCAUGUAUCGAUCCGGACGAACAAUUGUUUGAGGAUCUCCUGCAGGAUGUAAACGAUGAGUUGGUUGACACAUUUGAUGCAAUCGUAGAAGAGUCGCGAUCGAACAAAUCAAGUCCCAAAGAGACGAGAAAGAAUAAAACAACAACCAAUGUAACACGUAAAGAAUCGCCGAAGAAAACCAAGAAACAAAAUGGAGCUAGCGCUUCGACGGAAGUUAAGCCCACCUCCGGUACGGGACAAGCUGUGCCUAAAAUGACCAUUAAAAGGCCACCGUUCAAGAUCACGAUGCCGGUAAAGAUGCAAGAAACGCUCGAGGAAAUUUAUCUGGCCAGCCUGUCCAAGCUGGAUACACGCUCAUCUUCGCUGAUUGAUCUUACCAAUCUCACGCCAUCGGUGGAGACGGUGGAAGCAUCCGGUAGUAACAUUGCACCAACGCAGUUAGGUAAAGUUUUGGAAGAGCCUGAGGGAGAUACGCGUCAAAGGUCGAGCAAGUCGCCACCGGCGACCGGUUCCUUUUGCGCGUCCUCCCAAAACGGCGACAGUGUUGAACUUACUUUGCAGCCCUUUCAGGCCCCCCAGCAACAGCAGCAGCAGACGACGAAAGCACCACACAACCGGCAAGCGAAAGAUGCGAAAGCGACGCCGAUACCGCCAGCGAAGACAACGAGGAAGGAGAACAACAACCAGCCGGCGAUCGCAGCGGCGAAACCGACAGCAACGACGACGCUGGAAGCGAAAUCGAUGAAUGGUCCAGUGGAAGUAACACCAGCAGCAAAGGCGAAGGCUGGCAGCCAGGUGAGCUUGGCAGCGAAUCAAGCCACUCCACCGUCGGGUGGAACGCCAGCAGUUUCGAGGAAAGCUAUUUCUAGUGUGCAGAUUUCGUUGAAACAAUCGGCACCAGCACCAGUAGUACCAUCGGAACCGAACAUCAAACAGCGUGAUAGUACACUAAGCACCGAUCCGUUGAAGGGAGCUGUUACGAAACUUCCCGUCUCGAUGCAGACGAAACAGCUACAGAAUGAGAGUAAGCAUGAACCAUCACAUAAAAGUAUCGCAUCCAGUUCGAUUGCGAAGAAGAGUGAACCAACACCACCUGUUGCUAAAUCAGCCUUCGCGCCCGUAUCCAAAGAUCCGUUGUCUCAGAAAUCUAUCUCCAUGCUGGAGCUGCACCGUACGCCAACAGUGAAGAAACAGGAAGAGAAAUUAGAUACAUCCAACGCCCUUUGCAAUGGUUUUGCCACACCAAUUGCAAAGCGAAAACAACAGCCGGCGGUAGACAGAAAGGCAAAUAAGACUGUAACUAGCAGAAUUCCCGACCAACUCUCUACUCCCGAUGUGAAGCAUCAGAAGACAGAGGAUAAGGAUUUAAACAAAGCAACAAACCCACAACCCGAACAUACCACACCUUUACCGCAAGAGACACGAGAAUUGCACAAAUCUGUGGAAAAUGUGUCCAACAAAAAUGCUACUGAUUGCAAAGAUGUGCUACCGAAAACUGGUCCGACGCCACAUACCCGUUCCCGUACACUCUCAUCCGAUGAACAAUGCUUUGAAGAGCUGCGUAAAAAGCAUGAAGCUAUUUUUGCUAACCAAGAAAUCGCACAAGCACCGGAGGUCGUGAAGCCUCCUGUAGAGCAAGACGUUGCUUCCGCGGCAACGCCCAAAACGCUCUCCGAUGUGCGUAACUCACUUAUCGCUGCACAACCGGUCGCCAGCGUUACAACCACGCUGGAAUUGGACGAACGCAUUGACCCGCAUUAUCGGGAAGGUAUCAAUCAGCUUAUGAUGGAACUGAUGCCGGGUAUUGCUCUCGAUACGGAUGUACCGAUACCGAAGCAACGUCAGAAAUCUUCCUUCCACAAAGAGCUCCAAAAGCUUCAGCGUGCAAAUGCGAACAUUGUGUGUGGUCCUUCAGCCGAACCGAAGCUCCAAACGAAACCGACUGAAAACACCGACUACAAGAUGGAAGUGAUCCGUACGGCAAACACGGUGAAGCCCGCCGUUUCGGAAAAACGACAAGGCAGUGAAGAAAAAAUGCAAAUCCGUCUUGAGCGUUCAACGCAGAUUAAGGAACAGUAUGCGAAGGCACCGAGCGUGUUGCCAUCCUUAGUGCCAUCCAGCGCUGCUUCAAAUAGUGCUAAAAAGCCAACAUUUGUUAUGCCAAACGUGCCUUCGGAUAUUGAUAAGCAUCGCGGAAUUCUAAGUCGUGAUAGAGUGCCUAGUAAGAAACAGGAAAUUGAAGACUUUGAAGAUUUGCUGGAAAAAAUUGACGAUGAAGCUGCAACGGCUGCAGAUAUUGAUUUGGACGAGCUGCUAGCGGACGCUGAGGAUGUACCGAAAAAGAAUGUCGUUACUGCUGUACUUCGGGAAACUAAAAAUUCAGACAGGAACUCCACUGUGUCUGGAGUGGAUAAACAGGGACAAGUUAAAAUGGAAUCUAAAACGUAUGGAGCAAGCAGUAAACGUGUGGAGACAAGUGCGUCGAAACCUGUAAGCAAUGUCACUAAGAACAGUGGUGUAAAUGCCAGCACGAACCGUCUGUCGGAAGCAAAGUUGAACGAAACUAUUUCACAGCUAACAGAUAAAAUGAAUCAAUCACGUAUAAGCGGUAAACCAACUUCACCCCAAAAAGAGCGUACUGAGGCGGAACCUUCGAAGGAUGUGUUUACGAGUCUGUUCAACACCACCGAUGCGUCACAAACUGAUUUGGACAUGUUUGAGGAGCUGUGCAAGAAGGAGGAUCCAGAACCGAAGCAAAAUCGAUCUGAUUUGGUGGAUAGUUCUACCAUCGCACAUUCAACAGGUUCACCCAACGCUGCUAUCAUGCCGGAUGUAAUAAGCUCCACGAAAAAGCCUUCCAUCGAUGAGCCGAAGGCGUUGAAGAUUCUUGAAUGUAUAGAUACGCUUAAGCAAGGCGCUAGUGUAGCGAUGAAAGUGGAUACUAUUGUGCCAUCAAUAGUACCUCUGGUAGUACCGCCGCAAGAGAUUCAGGUGUACACGCUUCACACAGCUGGUAGUGCGUCGCAGGAAGAUGAGAAGGAUACUCAGCCUCAGCCUUCAACGCAGGGUAUGUCGGGUGAUUACGCUCACAUCCUAAAGGAUAUAACGUCCGGGCUGGUUGGAGCAGAUUUUGCCGCACCGGUUGUGUAUGAGCCUCCGGUACGUGAGGAACCAACUCCACGCAAGGAGCGGCACGAUUUCCAAGCAUACAAGCAACUGCUGGAGGAGAAAUCGUCCCGCGAAGAACCAGUCCCGCUAAGCUCAACAACGACGGUGAUUGAACCACAGCCUCAGCGUCCACUACGGCGGCAGAAGAAGUUUGACCGUACCGACACCAGUUCUCCGGUGCGUGCAUUCGACAACUCGAUCUGCAUUGAUCCGUGGCGGGCACGUAAAUCGGCCAGCAUCGAAAACAUUGCAAUCGAGCAGGUGUUUGUAAAGCAGAACGAUGCCGUCGUGGACACGUUCUUUGUCGUGCCGGACACAAGACAGCAGUCGGUGCAACGUUCGUCUAAAUUGCGUCGUUCGAAAUCGUACGACCGGCUAGCGGUACCGAUGAGUGGCCAACGACGCGGUUCCAUGAAGCAGAAACAAUCACUGGAAGAGUUGCGUGACUUUGGAUACGAUGUGGAACCAUCCUCACGGUCACGCCAUUUGGUUGAUCCACGCCUCCGUCAUAUAGAUCUCGAUCUUGGUUCGGAUGAGGAGCUGGCAAGUCUUCGUGAUCACCCCGCGAGACGCUGGCAAACCGGGACCAGUAAAUUCCGCAAGAACAAAUCUAUGACGGAUGUGGGCGCUGGUCCACGGUCCGCACGGGGCAAGGAUACACGGCCAGUAGAACCACCGAAGGUGGAUAUCGAUCGUGAAUCACCCAGACCGCGCACGACUGACUUCUCCAAGUGGGAAGCAAUACUCGAUAGAGGCGUCACCUAUUACGAAGGUGGUGCCAAACCGAAACCGGAUAUAAAGAGUUUGGAGAAGCGCAUCGAAGAUUUGGAUGUUCGCCGUGCCCGACCAUUGCGUCGGAAGGCGAUCCCGAAAGACUACGAUCCGGAUGAGUACGUGCCACGAAUCAAUCGUCGCGGUGCUGAUCUGUACGACUAUCCCGAUCCAACACUGCCGCGUGACUACGAUCCGGAGGAGUACGUGCCAAAACCGUCCCGUGCUCAUGCUGUUCCAUCGCCCCCGGGUCAACCACUGCCACGUUCGUACGAUCCGGAUGAAUACAUCCCGAAAGCAAAUAGACGUGAGCAGGCGUGUUAUGAAGUACCGGUUGCGAUACAGCGUACUCCGGCAAAGUACUACAAGGAUCCGUACUACGCGGCAGAUGAGAUGCCCAUGCACUAUCCAGGACCUUCGGUACCUCUCGGUCGAUCGAAAACAGCGUCGCACGUACCAACAACAAGUGUAGCAGUGCCUGUCACGACCACUGCCAGCAGAGGCGGAUACGAACGUGAACCACCGGCGCGUGAUAUUACACGCUCGCAGUAUUCUCGCCGUUACGAUGCAGAGGAUCGUCAUAUCGUCGACCGUAGCCAUCGGCUGCACGAGAAGACGAACAAAUUCAUACGGACACAGCUGACGCGAAACGAUCCGAAUCCUUACAUUCGGGAAAUGAUCGAGAAUGAUAGUGAUGAUGAUUACCAUUAUCCUACGGCUAGUAGUGGAGCAGGCGGUUACCAUCAUCAAAGACCUGGACUAAGCAGUACUUCAAGCAGUAUGGCUUACGGUACUGGUUCGACGUACGGUAGCUCUGGGGCAGCCGCUAUGAGUCGCAUCCAGACUAAGGCGAUCACCCAACCGUCAAGAAUGUUGCAGUACGGUGCUCGCAAAGAAUAUCCAACGACCUCGACCUUUGGUGGCGUUGGUAGUCGAUCGGGCGCCAACUCCUAUGACCAUCGUCGCCGUGGUGGUGGUGGUGGAGGUGAUCCAUCACGUACACGUGACAACUGCAAUAUUUCGUAACGCCUUGACAGAUGGAGUGACCAUUCUCUACUGUCCCGGCUAGUUACAGAACUCCCACCCAAAGUACCUCCUGAUGUCCUCCACUUUAUCCGGACACUUUUGAUAAAACAUUUCACCAUUCACAACUUACCAACCUGGACAAAUGCUGUCCAAAGACCACGCAAGAGCACCAUUCAGCUUCACUCAUAGACCGUCUUGACCGUCGCAACCGUUUACUAGAACGCUUCCCAUAUUAGUCCUACACACACUCGAUACCAUGUGGAGACCGUUACAUCGUCAAACCAUUCAAACCGUUCGAUCGUGUGUUUCUAUGUGUCUGAUUGAGUGUUUGUGUGCGUGUGUGUGUUUGCAUAUCAUCUAAACUCGAUCGAUAAUCGUUUCGUCGUGAUCCCUCGCCCCACAAACAUAUGCUCCAACCAUCCAUGCUGUGUGAUAACUUUACCAAAAACAAAAAUUCAACUCACCAACUCGCCACCCUGCUCAACCACUCUUUCAAUGCCCACCAAUGGCUAUGCCAUUUAAGAAAAAAAAAGAAAGAAGAAAAAUCGGCCUAUUUGCUCUCUGAUAUUCCAAUUACCAAUGUCCACCUGCUGUUACUGUUCCUGGGUACGAUUUGAUCGUGUUUCAAAUCUGGCUAAUUAUUCGGGGUUAUGGGAAUGAGAGACAAAAAGCAAAAA